AUGGUGCAGGAUGCCCUUUGGAGGGAGGAGGCAGGAGCAGAUGGUGACUCGGAAGAUAAAAUUCUAGAGGGCUUGGCUGCGCUGGAUGAUGACGACAACUCAGCUGCUGCUGCUGUUGCUGCAGCUGAAGCAGCGGCAGAAGAUGAAGAUGAGGAAGAAGAACCCACGACAAACACCUUCAUCUUGAUACGGCACGGCAGGAAUAAGCCUAAGCACCUAAAGCUAGCAGCUCUGCUGUCUGCGUUGGGGCUGCUGUGGACUGCUGCAAAGGCAGGGAGACUUGUGGAGAUGCAUAGAUCCGCAAAAGCGACACAAAGUGCCCCUUCUACUAAGGAACUGCAGCAGUUUGAAGCUUUGGCGGCGGUGCUGCAGCAGCAGCUGCAGCAUCAGCAGGCGGGGGCUGCUGAGGCGUCGGCGGAGGCGUUGCAGCAGCUGCAGCAGCUGCAGCAAGUGCAACAGGACACACACGAGCUGCUGCGGCAGCGGCAGCAGAACCUUAAAGCGCAGGCUCUUGUUCCUGUGGAGGGAACUGAAGACCCUGAGGCGCUGGCAGGGCAGCAGAGGCUACAGCAGCCGAUGCAGCAGAGAGACGCUUCAACUCUUGAGGUGGACGUGGACUCAAGCUUGACAGGGCUUACAGAGGAGACAGCCCGUGAGAUGCUGCAACAGCUGCAGCAGACGCACGCGAAGCUAACAGAAGAGGAGGAGCAUGCAGACCUCGAACUGGAGCGCUUCAAAGCUGCUGCUCCCAUCCUAGCAGAGCUGCAGCAGCAGCUGCACGAAGCAAGAGAAGAAGUUGGGAAGCUUGAAGCAGCGUCAACCAAGCGAGAGAGCCUGGUUGCUGCAUCAGAUGAACUCGACGAGCAGCAGCAGCAGCUCCUGCUGGUGCAGCUGGAGCUGCAGCAGCAGCUGGAGGAAAGGGAGAAGCGGCGAGUUGCUAGACAGCAGCAGCUGGAAGCAAAGAGAGCGGCUCUACUGAAGGAGAGAGAAGAUGUCGGCAACCAGCUGUCUCUCCUCAAGGAGAAGCACAGCGCCUUGAAGGCAGCAGCCUGCAACGAGGAACUCCAGAAGGAGUUGGAGGAGGAGCAGCAACUGCAGCAGCGCCAGCAGCAGCUAGCGUUGCUGCAACAGUCGCUGCAGCGACUGCUGCAGCGAGAUUCGCCGGCCAAAGACGCUGCUUUGCAGCAGCAGCUGGGUAGCGAAGCAGCAGCGGAGGUGCAGCAGCUCCGGCCUGAGGUGCAGCAGCUGUUGCAGGCUCAGGUAGAGCUGCAGCAGCAGAAAAUGUAUCGGGGCCGAGUAACCGAAGCAGAAAGAACCGUGCAGCAGCAGCAGCGGCAGCUGGACCGCCUGCGAGUCACUCUGAAAGAGCGCAUGUCUUUCCCUGGGUCUUUUGGUGCUGCAAGACAUAUUCAGCUGUCUGUACAUAUGAAGAUAUGGGAGUCACUCCUCAACAAGACAGCGGACCAGCAGCAGGAGGAGUGGUACAGAGCGCAGCGAAACAAAACCCUGAUGCGGCAGCGGCUAACAGGAUCAUCAGGGACAGCUACUCACCUUGCUGCGCUGCAGGCUGCAUGCAAAAACAUUCUUGCCGCUAGAGGGGGGAUAGCUGAGGCCCGUAGAGAACGGAACCGCCAGUAUAUGGUGGAGGAGCUGCAGCAACUCGGCGUUGAAGCUCUCUUGGAGGAGGCAGCAGCAGGAAGAGAGUCGGCAGUGGUGCAGCAGAUCGCGGAGAGCAUGUGGGAGCAGCAGCAGAAGCAUACUGGUGCGCUCAAGCAGCUGCAGGAGCAUUCCGAGCAGCAGGUAAUCGAGCUGCUGCAACAAAUGCACAUUGCGGAGAAACCCUCUGCUCCAGGAGCCCCUCUUGGCCUCUUCUACCAGGUCGCAGGCCUUAUUAAGGAGGCAUCCAAGCAAGAGCACUUUUUGAAGGAGCUAGAGCUGUUGCACGGCAGGAGCCGCUCCCAGUUGGUACAGCAGGCACAGGACCUGCUGCUGCUGGCCCUGGAGACUGCCCGCACGCGCAGCAGCAGCAGCAGCAUGGAGGAAGGCGAGGAGGAGGCACUGAAGGCUAUGAGCAGAGCUCACGUCGAUGCUCUAGAAAAAGAAGAGCAAAAACAUAUAAUGUGGGAAACGCUUAUGGAACAAUUGGAGGAAAGGUACUCAACAGAUCUCCUGCAGCAAACAGCAGCGGACAGAAGUAAGAAGAACAAACAGAAAAAAAUCAUACGAGAAGCGACAGAACAGCUGCACCACCGGAAACCGCUGGUCCUCACCACUAGCACAAAGCCCGAAAAAGAAACAGCACUCCAAACCCACAACAACACCAAAACACAGCAGCAGAAGCAGCUGCUGCGGCAGCAGAAGAAGAGGCAGCCGAAGCAGAGGCAGCAGCAGCAAAGACCAAAGUUCGGUGGUGACAGGCCAAGAGGUUUUCCUGCUGCCUCAAAAGUGUCGAUGCCAACAUUUAAGGUGUCUCCUUCCCAAUCUGCUCCACUGUCUCACUGGGAGACGGGACCGCGAGAGGCGGGAUGGAAGGGAUGGAUAUCGGUGGAAGCGGGGUCGAAAGAGGCAGCAAUGGCAACCAUGAUGAUGGAGACAGCAAAACGGAAGGAGAGCACAAUAGCAGCGAGAGAGACAGACUCCGAGGAGACAGAAUCGAGGCAGGCGGGACUGAGGAAGACGGGAAUGGGGGAGACGGUAUCGGCGAUCCCUUUGCCUUCUAUGCUUACUCCGGUUCCCGCGCCUGCAACGGUAGCAACUGCAAGAGAGGCAGCAAAGGAGACAGAAGAAGAGACAGCACAAAAGACAGCGGGAAAAGAGGCAGCGAAAGAGACAACGAAAGAGGCAGAAAAGAUAGCAAUAGAAAGAGAGGCGGCGGAAGAGACAGCAGGGCAAUCAGGGAAGGAGGCAACAGAAGAGGAAGCGGCAGAGACAGGAGAAGUGAUGCUGAAGAUCCCCUCGUUGCCCACCCCCCCAACUAGAAGGGCUCGCUGGGGAAUGCCUACAGAGCCGUUGGAAGCUUUUCUAGGUGUUGCAGCUGCACGGGGGGAUUCCGAGGAUGAGGAGACAACAGAGGAGUGGCGAGAGGCAUCAGAUGAAAGAGAGAGGGUACAGGAGGAGGAUACAACAAAGGAAGAGGAUAUAUUUGAUACAACGGAGGAGGAUAUAACGGAGACAGUCCCCCCUCAAGUCGUACAGGCAGUUCUUGGGAGAGCCACUUAG